AAGCAAGAGAAGAAGCCGCGACACACACUGCGUGUGUGUUAGUUAGCUAGUGUUCGUGUGAGUGUGUGUGCGUUAAUCUAUGAAAAGUGAAUAACUAAAACGAGCGGAAAGCUGGCGCUGACGUUGCCGUACUCGUUGUCGUUGCGAUAUAAAUUGAAAAAUUGCAAUAAUUCUGCAAAUUGAAAGGAGAAGAAAAUGCCACACCAAAGUUCAAAGCAGCCUCAAAACACACACUGAAAAAUACCAAAACUAACAAUACUUGACAGCAGCUUACAGUGAGGCUUUCUUAUCUGUCGCCAGCAAAACAAUUUAUGCAAAAAUGCGACGAAAGCCACAGAAUCUAACACAAAAUCAACAAUCCAGUAGAGGUGGCAAAAAAACCAACGACAACAAUAGCAACACCGACACCAACAAGAAGAAGAAUAGAAUGACAAACUGCCAGUGGCACAUUUGGCACUUGUCAGCGACUCUGCUGUCAAUUUCUCUGCCCCUGCUGCUGCUGCUCCACGUUCAAACAACGGUUGCCCAGCAUGAUGGCAUCUCGCAGAUCUCGCCGAAAUCCAGCAGCGAGAAGUCGGCAUCACUGAGCAUUGAGAGCACCAUGACCGAUACGAACACCAUCUCGGAUACUCUGCGCUCUGCUCAGGUGGAGAACGAGACGAAGGCACGCGUAGAGCGCUCAGCCUCGCCCAUUUUACACGAACAGCAGCAGCAGCCUCAUCCCAAUGAUGUUAGCUAUGGCAAGGAUAGCGAGAAGGAUGUCUCUGCCGGACGUUAUUUUCACUACAAUAUCAAGCCUACGGGCACAUAUGACUCCCAGGAGCAGCAGCAGCAGCCGGAGCGGACGCAGCGCAUUCGCGCUGGCAAAACUUUAAGUGGCAGCAGCAGUAGCAGCUCUACCGACACUGGCUCAUCCGCCAGCACUGAGCAGCCUUUUUUAGUGCAAGGGGGCCUGCGACCGCCUACGUCGGGGUCCCCUAUCAGCCCGAGUCCGAGCAGUACUGCCAUCUCGACAGCCAGUGCGACACUGUCGCCCCAUAGUCCGCGCCAAAAUGGCAAUCCCGACAUCCAGGACAUCAUCACUGGCAUAGUGAAGCUGCUCAAUGGCAAUGUCAACGUGCAUGCCAAUACGCAGGGUGUGCGUCGUCCUCCAUCCGCCAGUCGCAUUAAUAAUCGUGGACCUCCCCGCAUUUCCGACGUGCAACCGAUGCCCAUCGACUAUGAGGCACAGAAGCCGGGCACAUCCAUGCGCCCACCGCCCUAUCCUUUCGAUCGACCGGAUCGACCAUUCAUUACGGGCGUGCCCAUACCAGAGCAGAUUGUGCCCAUGCGUCCGGGCUUUGUGAGCAAUCGACCGCCCUGGUAUCGUAACAAGCCACGACCACCCAUCACAACGAGCGUCAACGGCAGUCGACGUCCUUUGCCCCAUUACCAGCCUAUGCCACAACAGCUGCCCGUGCGGCCAACCGAACCGGAGCCAGUGCAGCCGGAGGACUCAAAACAGCAACAGCCGCCGGUGCAUCAUCAUGAAACGGAGUCUGCUGGUGAUACUAUGGACAUCGUGCCUCCGACAGACACCACCUACGACUCCGAGUUCUCCAAUGAGGAUACCAACGCACAGUAUAUUGAAGUCUCUGACCAGGACUCAGGGGCCGGCGGCGAGAUUGGCGAUGAAUUGCAGCCGCCGCCAGAGCCGUCGUCGUCUCCCGCUCCCGCAACCUUGCCCACUGCUCCGUCUAAGGAGCAUGCGCCCAAGAAGAAGCACAAGCCAAAACCCAGCGGGGAGAAGAAGAAGCAGCCGCAAGCUGAACACGCCGGCUACACGACCAUUAUUGAGACUAGCUCGGUAGUGAACACCGUCAUGGGUAUAUCCUCCAGUUAUGUGCCCAUGUCCAUGGACAGCGGCCACGAUCUGGAUCCCUCUACCGAGGAGGUCAUAUUCAUGACGGCAAAUCGCACGCCCGGACUGGAUGGCAGCACUUCAUCGUCAUCAUCAUCCUCUAGCAGCAUUCAGACCAUGCCGCUGAGUGAUCUGCUUGCUACGGAUGUCAUAGUGCCUACGUCCAAAUCACCCAAGACUACCACUUCUACCACAACCACUUCUACUACUACUAGCACCACCUCAUCUACCUCAUCUACCACUACCACCACCACUACCACCACAACUGAAAAAGCGCUCACUGCUAAUGCCCCGACGUCCGCUCCCGCCGCCCCUUACCAUCCCCGACCCGGCAUUGUGCUGGACGAUCCCGAGUUCAAGCCAGGCGGUCGGCCACGACCCGCUCAACGGCCCGCUGCACCACAGCAACCGAUACAGCCCACGCGGCAGCAUCUGCCACCCGGUUAUGGUGAGAUCUUUGAUGUGACGCUCUCGGCAAUUCAGGGACCUGGAACCAAGGGCAGCGGCUCCCAGCAAACGAUCAACAUCAAGCCAUAUGGAACCUAUGGAGCAGCUGGGGGAGGGAGUGGUGCACACCAGGCGGACAUCAUAGUGUCGGCAUCAGGUGACGAAGGCUUCGUCUCGAUCGAUGGCAAACGCACUUACAUCAAUUUAUUUGGUGAUCCCACAGAUCCGCCCGCGGGCGCUACAUCGCCAGCAACGCGUCUGCCCCAAUUGCCAGGCACGACAACGACCGGAAGUGGUGUUGGUAGCGGUGGUACAAAUGGUGGAAGUAGUGGAGCUGCUGCUGCUGCUGGUAAUGUACCACAACAUGCGGUCACGCAAAGCAGCGGCGGUUAUGUGGUGCCCGAAACGGAGGUUGUCGAGCUGCAACAACAUACAGGCACCAGUCCAGGACAUGGACAUGGACACGGACAGGGACAGGGACAAACGCAAAGUCAGUCUAAGCCGGUAGCUGCAUCCACAACCAAUGCGGGCCCCACACGACCACACUACCGCCAACGACCCACACAGCCACCAGUGAGAAUUGACACUUGCAUCGUCGGCGAUGAUUCCACCUGCGAUCAGGCGCAACACGAACGCUGCAAAACGGACAACGGUGUCUCCAGCUGUCAUUGUCGACCAGGCUACUCCCGUCGCAAGCAUCGCGAGCCUUGUCGUCGUGUUAUAUCCUUCCAUUUGGGCAUGCGCGUUGAUCGCAUCUAUGAGCAUCGCAUUGUGUGGGACAACAAGCUGAUGGAUCGCAAUAGCGAACCCUAUGGACAACUGAGCUACGAAUCGGUUCGCGCGCUGGACUCGGCCAUGUCGAUGACACCCUAUUCGGAUGAGUUUAUGGAGGCCAAGGUAAACAAUAUCUAUCGAGGUGAUCCCAAUCUGGGCGGCAAUGGGGUCUAUGUGAAUAUGACACUUAAACUGGAUGAGAGCGUGGAGACACUGCGUCCCAAUCUACGGAGCGAUGUGCAGAAGCAUCUGCUCGGAGUGCUGCAUCGUCGCAACAAUAACAUCGGCAACUCGGUGCUGUAUGUGAGUUCACCCGAAGGUGCCGUUUCGGCGCUACAUGAUCUGGACGAAUGCCAUUCCCCUGAAUUGAACGAUUGUCAUGCGAGUGCGACGUGCACCAAUAGCUGGGGCAGCUUCCAGUGCGUCUGCGAAGCAGGUCUGCGCGAUCCCUGGGCCGAUCAGCCGCAACGGGCGGGUCGCGAGUGCCAGUCGUGUCCGGAUGCAUACUGCAAUAAUCGUGGCAUCUGCAGCUACAACGAUGAGGGUGCCCAGUCCUGUGCCUGUGACUCCAGUCAUUAUGGUGCACAGUGCGAGAUCGAUGGCGAGGUGUUGGGCGUCGCCAUUGGCGCAUCUGUGGCAGCUGUCAUCAUCAUAGUGCUAACUCUGGUCUGUCUCAUAAUGUGGUCACGCCGCUGGCAGCGGGAGCAAAAGAAUGCAAUGGGUUCCCCGGUGUUUGGUUACAUGAAUACGGCACCAUUGAAAUCAGCUGGUUUACCGCAGGCAGGCUACCAGGUAACUCUGGAAGAUCGCAUGCGCUGGGCGCAGAUCGCCGAUGUUAUGGCACAAACGAAUCAUUACGGGGCGGAGCCCAUUGGACCAACGCGACCUUCGUCGGCCAUGUUUGCUUAUCCGAAUAUCGGAGCCAUUGGCAUGGGCACCAUUGGUGGCAUGUCGAUGCAGAGCACCAUGCAAAUGCAUCCGAGCGCCAGCAUGGCGCCUCCAGUGCCAUUGCCCAGACUCGGCCUGGGUUCGCGUGCAAGUGGUAUGCGCGCGCUGGAAAACUCCAGCUCCAGUGAGGAGGAGGAUCGUGCAGAUCUGUUGGGUCGCAACUUUCAAGUGCCACGCCCAAAGAGUCGCAGCAACGGCAGCAUAGCGAACCAGUCGGGCAUCUACUAUGAUGUGGAUUACGAGCCAUCUGGCAAUGGGAUCGGCAACACCAGCGUCGAUCACCUGUAUGGCUCACAGAAUCAGUCAGUGACGCACUCGUCGGGCAACAACCAUAUACCUGGUCCACAGGGCAUACCACUCAGCACCUACACAUCGGGUCGGGCGCCCAGCAGUUACUACAUGAAGUGAGACGUCCCCCGUACCGCCUACCGCCCCCGUCCUAGUUUUACACAGAGCCUGUAAAUAUGCAAUUUAGGUGUAGUAAUUUUAUUAGUUAAGUAGCCAGCUAAAACACUUUUCCACUGCAGUCCACACGGACUGCAGCUGAGACGCGUUUUCGUGCAACACGACAAAGAAGAAGAUGAAGUAGAAGAGGAAGACUUAGGCUUAUAAGCAUCACAAGUAGUAAAUACAAGUAUGAUGCGUUCACAAACCUUUGUAGUUAAAUGCAAUGCUAACGAGCACUAAUCAUUAAUUGUAACAUUAAAUGUUUAAAUUAUUUUGUCCCUAGACGUAACUGCGGUUCAAUUAAAGUCAAUCAAUAACGAUCAUUAGUAUUUAUCAAUCAAUCGAUUUAUUUACUUAAGCUUAAAUGUGUGUCAAUGUA